CUACGAUAUCAUUUACCAUUGGUAUCCAUGUCAUGAGAGCUUUUCGCUCAAGGGCGUGGCCACGACGAUUCUUGUGGAUUGUCACCUUUUAGGCCACGUUCGCCACGUUCUCGAGCCAAAAUCUGACCACUAAGCGGUAAUCUCGAAAACGACCACAAAUCCCCUCCUGGACUUGUCCGCCAGGGGGAACCACCGAUCGUGGUCACCUUUGGUCAGCUGAAAGUCAGCUUCAUUGAAUUCAGUCCAGACCAGCAGGCCCAACGACAAGAGCGACAAAGAACUGAACCAGGAACGGAAGUCCCAAACCAACCAACCAACCAACCAACCCAUGGACUGAUUACACGGCCGGGAGGAACUAUUUCGGCUCACCCAAUCAUUCAUUCAUCAUCAAGAUUGGGUCAAGCUUGGGAUUUGGGGUCAGACCGACAUGGCUCCUAUGGAUCCGGGAUGGGCCCACUGAAAAUCCGUCCCAGCUCGCACUCCCUCUUUGUGUCCGUCCAUGAGCCACACCCGCCAUGCAGCUCGUAUCUGAGGCCACGCUAGCCGUGGACUCGCCCGUCCAGGCCGACAGUGCCAGUCCCAGUCCCACCCUCCGGCGGGACUCGCCUCAGGCCGGCCUCCCCCUAGCCCCCAUGGCUAGUCUGAGGUUGACCUCGGCCUCAGCCGCCCCACCAAACCUUGAGGCCCAAUCACUGCCGGACAAGGAAACGGGGCCGUGCGCGUGGCCCGCCCGUUCCUCGCCGGAUUUGGACCCCAGGCGGGACUAUCCGGUGGAUAUCAGUCCCGUCAACGGGCGAGCCGUGUCGGGUAGUGCGGGUUCAUCGCGCGUCAAUUCGGAUGAGCGCCUGUUGUGCGCGGGCACGUCGCCCGAUCGAGUCGAGGCCGGGCGGGGCCUGACCCAGGAAGACGCAUUACCGUCUUUGGACUUAUCGCCUUCUUUGCCUUCUUUGCCUUCUUUGCCCUCAUCCGUGACCCUGGCUCAGAAAUCUUAUGACUAUUUGCUCAAAGUGUUGCUCGUGGGCGAUAGUGAUGUGGGCAAACCUGAGAUUCUGGCCGGUUUGCCCGAUGGUCCCACUGAGUGGAAUCAAUUCUACAGUUCCGAAGGCGCAGUAUACAAACAGACCAUCAUAUUAAUUGAUGGGAAGCGUGUGAAACUUCAACUCUGGGACACCAGUGGACAGGGUCGAUUUUGCACCAUCAUCCGUUCCUACUCGCGUGGAGCGCAAGGCAUUCUUCUCGUUUACGACAUCACGAACAAAUGGUCCUUCGAAGGCAUCGAUCGAUGGUUAAAAGAAGUGGAUCAGCACGCCCCGGGCAUUCCCAAGGUUCUGAUCGGAAACCGCCUUCACCUCGAAUUCCAACGUCAAGUGGAUCAACGCGAGGCCGAAUUGUACGCCGAAAAGAAUGCCAUGGGCUUCUUCGAAGUGUCCCCUUUAGCCGAUUUCAACAUAUCCGAGAGCUUCGUGGAGUUGGCCCGAAUGGCCCUCAAGCGAAAUGGCAUGGAGCGGCUAUGGAGGUCGAACAAAGUGUCUUCAUUGUACGAGUUGUGCGCCCAUGCCAUCGUGAAUAAUACUACGGUUUAUGGGAUCGAUCGGUUGCCGUUGCCCGACAAGAUCUGUGAAAAUCUCAAGUCCUACGCUUUGACCAAUUAUUCCACAUUCCGGCCGGGCUCUCAAUACAAGAGCAUGAAGGCCAAACGUCAUAAGCAACAAAAGUUCUUCUCGUCGUCUCCGUCGGAUUCAAGCAAAGGCAGUUGUGGAGCAUCCAGAAAGUGCAUCAUCUCUUGAUUGGAAGAACAUGCUUCGAAUCCAGAUCGAUUGAUCGUCCUCAAAUUCAUUCUGACUACUACACAGAUCCUGCCAAUUAUUGCGACGCCCAUUUGACUUUGGGAAGUAGGUUCCGGUUAGGAUUUUCUAGAUGUAAUGUGCAAUCCUGAAGGGUCUUUUCUCGCAUCUGUGGAAGACGAGAAGACGUCUUCUUAACUCCCAUAUUUUCUAUGAACCUCACGUCGAAUUCAGAUCAGCCGUGCUUGUUGAUGUACAUUUAUUUUAACAAUAUAUAUAUAUAUAUGUUUCAA